GUGUAGGUCUGGGUGUUCUGGGGAUCGCCUGUGGCUCGGGGGGGUGGUGGUGAUAAAUCCCCCUUGGAAAGCUCAAGCAGGUGGGGGCAGCCGGUUGUGGUGCAGAUCUGGGGUUUCUGUGAAGUCCCUGAGCCCAGAAAAACGCCCUGGGUGUGAGGAGUUGGAAGGUAGGGACCUAAUUAGUAGCGGGGAGUGCUGCGGUAUACCCAAACCUGAGAUUGCCUGAGAAACCGUGCCUUUUCCAGACCCAGAGUGGCCUGCAACAGCAGCGCAGGUGGACGUUUGGGCGCCUUGCAAUUGAGAUAAGACAAGGAGAAAUCGCAUACUGCAAAAUACUUUUCUUGUAGCAAGAAAGUAAUUUCAGGUGUGAACAGAAACUCAGUCGCUUGAUCUUCCUGUAACCAGUGAUGUGAUUAAUUAUAUCUGGGAAAUGGGUAUAAGUGCAAAACAUUUGUGAAUGGAAAUGUGUAAAAAAUGCAUUAAGAUGUGGUUUCGGUUUGGGUUGUGUAUGAACCUGCAUCCACCUCUUGUCUGCAGUCAGCCUGAUUUUGUGAUUGAUCAGGCUCGCAGAGGCCUUCCUUGGCCAGUGUGUUUCAACCGUGUUGCAACAGGAGAUGGCAGAGUUCCCAACCGAGAGCAUGGCAUGCCAGUGUGAGAAAAAGAUAUGCUUUAUAUUCUCCUUACCCUAGUGGUUUCCUUCAGAAGUAUGAAUAUUGCUGCCCCUGCGCUCGUUUCAGCUGAACAGCGUACUUUCUUGUUUAUUUCUUCAUUCCAUAGGCACAGAAAUUCUUGGUUGUUCUGGCAGUUUGUCUCUCUUUCCAGAAUAUGGUGUUCUCUUUGCUGGUAAUUCCUGUUAUGAACUGGUAGUUCUUGUUCGAUAUUAUCCGUGUUUUAUGCUUGGCUGGCUGCAAGGUUAGCUCCAAGCGUGGCUUUCCAGGAGAUACGUAAUCGCUCUCUUUCAUCAGCCUAAAUGCUUGCUUUAAACUACUGAAUUUCUUUUGGUUUUCCAUAGCUUUUAUUUUUUUGUAGUGUCUUAUGGGACACAAAUCCUUUAUCCUUUUCACCCCAGAUUUGGCUAAAUACCUUAAUUACAAAGUCAUUUAGUUGUCUGUUUUAGUAAAUGUGUCUAUAAUUGUCUCCUGUUAGUAGACUGGUAUUUGCUAAGCUACUACAGUUUGUUUGGGGAUGAAAAUUACAUGCAAAAUAGAAAUAUCAGUAUCUCCACUCCAUAAUCUUGCCUUAAUUUUCUCGCUUAUCAAGUUGAUAUCAGUAAUUAAUGCUCCAAAAACUUAAACUGCAUUUGUUGGUAUUGGUUCAUCCAAGAUCUUCUCGGCUAAUCACUGUAUUUUUAAUGCUGUUAGUCCUAGUUUCCUUUCAAGUCCCGAGUCAUUCGGUGUGUGAUACUCUCUCUUUCCUGCAACUGGCAAGUCAAUAGCAGAGCUAAUCUGUUUUGAUUCAUAUUGUGAGGAUGCCACAGGAGUUGAACAAUGUCAGUUGUGCAGUUGCUGUGCGUUUGCAUCUUUUACUCUGGAGAAGGAAAAUAGCCGAAUGAAGAUGAGAUGAGAGGGGGAUUCUGAGAGACGAGGAAGGGGACUGUCCAGAGCAAGAUGAAGUUGAGAUAGCAAAGAUCAGAGAUGUAGGCUGUCGUGGAGUAAUGUGGCUAGAGGACUAAAUGUCACGGAGAGAAAUGACUCCAGCUAUGCAGGCAGGAGGACAGUGCAUUCUGUGUGAGAGCUGCUUCUUGUGUCUUCCCAGCUCAGCUAGUUUGUGUCCGUGCAGCUUGCAGUCAGAGAGUAGAAAGGACAUUGAGAAGGAAGAGGCAAUAAGCCAUGAGGAAUUGCUGCAGGUGCAGAGUGUCUUGCUACAGCAUUUCUGACCAUUGGUGGUGGUCCAUGCACCCAGGAGUGCUGAGGGAGGUGGCUGAUGUCAUUGCAGGGCCACUUUGAAAGGUCACAGUAAUCAGGAGAGGAUUCUGAUAACUGAAAAAGGGCAAACAUCAUACACAUUCAAGAAGGGUAAGAAGAAGGAAUGGGCAACUCUAAAACACUCUGUUUAGCCUGGGUCUCUGGGAGAUGAUGGCACACCUUCUCCUGGACACUUUGUUUUAAGCAUGUGAAGGACAAGAAGGUGACUGGGAACAGCCAGCAUGGAUUUGACAAGGGCAAUCAUGCCUAACCAACCUGAUUGCCUUCUGUAAUGAGACUGGCUCAGAGAACAAGGGCAGAGCAGUGGGUGUUGUUUAUCUUGACUUUAGCAAGGCCUUUGACAUGGUCUCCCAUAUUAUCAUCUUACCAAAUUGGUGAGGUAUGGAUUGGAUAAAUGGACUGUAAGUUGGAUGGAAAAUUGCCUGGAUUGUUGGGCUCAGAUGAUGGUGAUCAGUGGGCUAGCACACAGAGUGUAAGAGAAGAGGCUGAGAAAACUGUUUGUUAUCACACAAUAAUUUUAGGAAAAUAAAUACUUUGCUCCUUAGGGAAAUAAAUACUGUGCUCCUUAAGAAAUAGCUUUAUUUUGGUGGGAAGAGGAAACCAGACUGGUUGUAGAAAGCAAGUUAAAAACAAACAUUGAAGUUCUAGGAGAUUAUACACAUUCUGAGGUCUUUUAAAACCUUGUAAUUGAAAGCACUCUCUUAUUCACUGGUUUAAAUGCUUGUUAAUGCCAGUCCCUCCUUAAAGUCCGGGCAAAAUCAACAUAUCUCCAAGUUCUUGACUAUUUCUUUGAGACAUAUUUGCCACUGGAACUUUAUUGCCUGGGUGCUGGAGCUGUUCCCUCUUGUCUCAUAGUGGUCUUCUGGUAACUUAGGUUUUCAUCUGUGUUUUUGUUUUUUCUGCAUCUUGAGCAAAGUAACUUAGUGGAACAUGCAAGCUUUGAUACACAACAGUUGUUUUUUUUUCUAAAGCCAGAAAUUUACUGCUAAAAAAACCCCACCAUACGACUUUCACCAAGUAUACUCGAAACAUUGUAAUUACAGAUGAUUUAGUUUCACAGCUCACAGACAAAGAAAAUGUGUUUGUUUUACUUUAUUAGAUUUCUUGUAAUAUGUUCAUAUGAAACCAAAUGUGCAUAUACACACUCUGUCAAUACUGCCAACUGCAAUUUAUUAUGUUUUAUAAAUUUUUUCCACUAGGUCACUGUAUUGUUAACCAGACAUUGAAUGCAGGAUCAAUGCUGAAGAUGGGAAGGCUAAAUUUCAAAGUAAACAGUCUCAUCUUUCUCUUAAUAAGUUUAUAAGGGGCAUUUUUGAGGAAGUCUUAAUUAAUCAUAGGCCUAAAACCUCUCUUAAUGUGGUUGUAUUUUUCUAACAAGAAAAUAAGAAAGGGAAGGUGUUUGGGCAUAAGCUGUAGCUUGCGCUGCCGUUUCAGUCUUCCCUGACUGCUGCAAAGCCCCUCAGUCAGUCAUUGUAAUCCAGAGCUGGAACUGGGAGCGCGUUCUGGGGAUAUAUCUUGUUGCUUUGUGAUGAACUCUGAGGCCCUGGGAGAAUCUCUUGGUGUUGACAGCCCCUGACAGUAAAUGUCACAUGAAUUCGGAGGGAGCUCAGAGCCUUCUGGUGACUGCUAUGAGAAGAGACAUGGUGACAGAAAACCUGAUUGAUGAGCCAUGCCACAAGUAGAGGGAGCGCUGUGUGGUGAUUGCUUAUAAUUGAAUGGUCCACGGAAGUUAUUUCUGGGUUUCCUAUGAAUGGUGACAUACACUCCAGAAGUGUUUUCACAGGGUAGGCCUGCAGAUUUUAACCCUGGUACUCAGCAACUCCCUGUUAACGCAGCGUUAACAGACUUUAAAACUUAACGGGCUGUUUUAGCUUCGUGCCUAGCAUAAUAAUGAAACAAAUGACAACCGGAGAUGGUCAGUCAUGCAAUUACCUUUAGAAAUGUUCCUUUGUCAGCUUUUGCCUCCUCUUUUUAGUGCUUUCUCCUUCUGUCUCAGCUCUGUGAUCUGACAAUGCAGAGAUGUUGAUUAUCAAGGUUCUUCCAGAUUCUGACAAUGCGCUUCUCUGACAUGGGCUUGUCGCAGCCAUGUUAAGCACAGCGGUGAUGCUCCUGGCAUUAAAUGGGAAUGUGAGAUGUUAUAGCCCACUCACCCAGCAAAGCAUCUGCUCACACUGACCAAUUAAAUUGGCUUCUCUCUCAUUAAAACCCUUGUGCAGACUCUGCUCCACAGACAUCUCCUCUGGGCCAUAUUCAAAGACCUGAGCUGACUUGAACUGCUGGAUCUGUAGGGAGGAUUUCAACACAGCUCUAAGCGCUUGGACAUUGGAGCCAUGCAAGGAGGAAGAGCGAGAGAAAUUCAAGCCCUCCCCCCUUCCCUUUGAAUAUGAAGGCUUCAGCAGCUGAACAAAAAGGCACACGACAGAGCUCUUGUACAAUGUCUGUCUCCCCUUUCUGGCACCCGUCCUGCUCAGUACAAUUGCCUGUCAACCUUUCUUGAGGAGCAGUACUUGAGACUGGAUAUGCCUCUGCACUGAGGCGUUACUGAAUACAGCGAAAGGACCUGCAAGAUGUCUUUGAACCAUUGGAAACUACUCUCAGAGUGCAGAUUCCAAGCAGAUUUGUGUCAUGACUUCAGCCAGGGAAUUCUUGCACUCAUGAAUGUCAUGUGGGACAAUGUCAGGAGCCUCAGUGACAUUGAGGCAGGUACUCACCGCAAGGUCAGAAAUGUUCUUGGUGAUGAAGUGGAGACACAUGUGAAUGUACUGAGGACAGGGGUGCAAGGCAAUGCAGUACAGAUUUUAUAUCACAGAGUCUCCCUGCAGGAGGGAUGGAAGAUGGUAAAUGUGACAGCAAUCCCUGAGAAGGUCCCCAGGAGUGAAGAAUUGCAGACCGUCACACUGAAGUCUGUACUGAGCAAAUUAGAAACUCUGGCCUCAAACUGCUCUGGGUAUGUGCUGAGAGCCAUGUGGGCAAUGAAGACAGUAGCUGAAGCAAUUACUGAAGCAUUAGUGACUUCCCUGGAAGCUCUUGGAAGGCAGAUACCAGGCCACAGAAGGGGAGGAGGAUACCAGAAUGCUGUCUUCUUCAGCAGCAGUAUCUGGGUAAGAGCUCCGUCCAGGCAGGGCUACCUGUGCUCCCUCCAUCUGGAGAGGCAUCUUGAUACAACGUCAGUGGGGCUGGAGCAGGACGGAGCCAGUGGUGCUGUGGUUGAGGGGAGGCGAAGGACGGCAGCCGAGGGCUGGAGGCAGCAGCCACAUCCUCAAGCUGAGUUUGUUGCUGUGAUUGUGCCAGAGCUGCUGGGGGAAGAGCUGGUGGAAGAGCUACAGGUGCUCAUUGCUAAGAGUAACUGCUAUUUCACCUCUUGCCCACCCUCCACCAGCAGCUUGGGGCCACCAUUUUAGACUUCAGCUUAUGCUGCAAGGAGUAAGUGACCUUGUUUUCCAGAGACCCUGUUUGAAGGAGCAGGAACUGGAUUUUGCCUUCAUUUACCCCUUAAGGAGCUGCCACAGGAGGAAAGGGCCUGUGUUUGCCAGUUCCCUGCAGCCGUGGCUGGGCAGCCGUGCCACGGGAAGUGCUGAGCAGGAAUCAAGCGUGCUGGCAUCACGCUGGGUUAGUUUUCCUCUUGGAAAUAAAAAGCGGAGCAAGCCACAGCUGAGACAAGGUGACUUUCAGUUUAUUCAACGCAUUGUUUACUUAAUGCCUGGUAACAGAUCUGUGGAGCAGACCUUGCCCUGCUCCUCAUUCUCAGCUUGUCCCACAGCUCCUUGUGCUGGUUUUGGCUGGGAUAGAGUUAAUUUUCUUCAUAGUAGCUGGUAGGGGGCUAUGUUUUGAUUUGUGGUGGAAACAGUGUUGAUAACACAGGGAUGUUUUCCUUACUGCUGAGCAGUGCUUGCACAGAGUCAAGGCCUUUUCUGCUUC